AUGGUGACGGACUUUUGGAAAGAAGGUAGCUGGGAUAUGCCGGCAGUCCAAGAACCUGAACUCCAAAGGGCCUUCACGGUGAUUCAAGGCAGUGGAAUUACUUGUCACAACAGACUGGAUAUGAGAUUUUGGGAGCUUGCAACCACUGGCCGCUUCACGGUCAAGACUGCUUGGGAGACCCUGCGCAUAAAGGCACCCUCACCUGAGUGGGUAUCGACUGUUUGGAACCGUGACCUUCAUCCACGCGCUGCUGUAUUCAGAUGGAGGCCUGCGCAUGGAGUACUUCCCACCGACCACAUGGUAUGUCACAAAGCAGUUCCUCUAGCUUCAAGGUGCGAUCUAUGCUACAUGGACUGCGAAACGAUCAAGCAUCUAUUUCUUGACUAUGCCUUCUCACGUCAAAUCUGGAUGGCGGUGCUAUAUGUCUUCAAUCAGAGCUGGAGUGGUUUCCCAACCAUUGAAUUAUUGUUUUCAUGGUGGCACAGAAAGGCCAAGACUGUUCCCCUACCUAAGGCAUGGGAUGCUAUACUGAUUAUCUGUUGCAAAAAUAUUUGGUGGGAGCGCAAUAGACGAUGCCAUGACAACUUGAGUCCUACUGAAGUGGCAAAGCUAUGCUAUGGGGAAGUUGGGGACUGCAUAAGGCUGAAAGGGGUGUAG